AUGGCUAAUUCUAGUGCAUCAUCAGUCGAUUUAUCAAUAGUUAACAAUGAUCAAUCUAUUCAAGUCUGUGAUGUAGAAAAUUCUUCAACUAAUGAAAAAUCGAACACAACAAUAUCUGCAAAUAGUAAAAUGAUAUCUAAACGAAAAAAGACAUAUAAAAUACGACGUCAAUUAACUUAUAAAUUAAAUCAAAUGAAGCAAGUUAUAUAUGAAGAAAAUUUAAUACGUGAAAAAAUACAUCGUUUAAACUUAGAAAAACAACAUAUACAAAGUUUAUUGCUUCAACUACAUAUUAUAGAAUCAAUUGAUAGAAAAAAGCAUUCACGACGUCGUUAA